AUGAGUAAAAUAGACUACUUCAAGUCAAAAUACGGUUGCAGCCUGCCCGGCGAGAGUGUCGCUGGCUCUCUGAGUCGCCCCGGGGAUAUUGUUAUAGGGGGAACAUUCAUGAUUCAUUUGGACAAAGUCUACACCAGGUUUGAUUUCAGGACAAAACCUCCACAACUCCAGUGCAAAAGGUUUGCCGCUGAGUAUUACCAGAGCAUGUACGGCCUAAUAUUUGCUAUUGAUGAAAUAAACUCAGACCCUGAGCUCCUUCCUAAUAUCACUUUGGGCUUUCAGGUUUUCGACACCUGCUUUACAUUGAGGCGAGCAGCACAAGGGACUCUCUCCAUGCUCUCGGGGGGCAAAGAAAUCACCCCAAAUUAUAACUGUCAUGGGGGAGGCACUCUUGCAGGUAUCAUUGGAGACUCGGGGUCUACAGCAUCAAUUUUAAUGGCCCAUAUUUUGGGACUGUACCGAUACGCACAGAUCAGUUAUUUUGCCACCAACCCUAUUCUCAGUGAUCGGAACCUGUUCCCUUCUUUUUUCCGCACUAUCCCUAGUGAUGAGUUUCAGAUGAGGGGUCUGGCCCAACUGGUCUCUCAUUUUGGUUGGUCUUGGGUUGGCCUUCUAGCCAAUGAUAAUGAUUAUGGCCAAUACGGUCUUCAAAUGGUGAAGCAGGAGAUAAUGAAAGCUGGAGCUUGUGUGGCCUUUUCUGAGAAUAUUUUAAUCAGUCAAGCGAAUAGAAAUGCUCCCCAUAUUGUUCAGGUGAUUAAAGAGUCAGCGGCAAAAGUUGUGGUCGUGAUAACCUCUGAUUCAGACUUUGUGAUUCUGGCAGAAGAGCUGUUGAGGCAGAACGUGUCUGGAAUUAUUUGGGUGGCCAGUGAAUCUUGGGCAACUUCCGUUUUGCUUUCUGAGGAGCAAUUCCAAAACAUCUUAAUAGGUGCCAUGGGUUUUGCAAUCCAUGGUGGGCAGAUGCCAGAAUUCACCAACUACCUCGGUAGACUUCAUCCAAGCAACGAUGUUAAUGAUUCCUUCAUGAGGGAUUUUUGGGAGCAAGUUUUUUCUUGUAAGUGGCCUGAUCCAGGGAAUACAUUUACGGACAAUGCUACUGUGAAACCAUGUACAGGAAACGAAAAGAUGGAGAGCCUGGCAAUUGAAAGCUAUCACCGAUUAUCUCUAAUUAUAUACACUGCUGUUUAUGCCAUUGCAUGGGCGUUGCACAAUCUGCUUCAGUGCACACCUGGAACUGGACCAUUUCAAGAUGGGAACUGUGCCAACGUUUCUACAUUUAGGCCUUGGCAUCUUCUUCACUAUAUUAAAAAUGUACAUUUCAAGACCAAAGAGGACAAUCAAGUUUUCUUUGACGCAAAGGGUAACCCUCCAGCUGUCUAUGAUAUAGUGAAUUGGCGCCCAACAGGCAAGGGAACACUGGAGCAGGUUACGGUAGGAAGAUAUGAUUGGAGUGCCCAAGAUGGGAAAGUCUUCAACGUAGACAGUUCUAUAAUAAUAUGGCCCGAUAAUUAUACUCAGGUUCCUGUUUCCAAGUGCAGCCCAAGUUGUCCUUCAGGAUUUAGGAAGGUGAUUGUACCAGGGAAACCCCUUUGUUGCUAUGAGUGUGCCCGGUGUCCCCAGGGGCAGUUUUCCAACCAAACAGAUGCUGUGGAAUGUCAUCCAUGUUCCUGGGACACGUGGCCCAAUCUACAGCAGGACAGAUGCCUACCAAGGCCUACAGAGUUCCUUUCCUAUGGAGAUCCUUUGGGUUACAGCUUAGCAGCCAUUUCCAUCUUUUCCUCCCUGAUCCCACUCAUAAUUUUAGCAGUUUUUAUUCACCAAAAAAAGACACCAAUAGUCCGAGCCAACAACUACUCCCUUAGCUGCCUUCUCCUGCUUUCCCUGUUCCUCUGUUUCCUUUGCUCUUUAGGGUUCAUUGGUUACCCACAACCUGAAAAGUGCCUUCUGCGCCAGGUGGCAUUUGGGAUGGUUUUUGCCCUCUGCAUCUCCUGUGUUCUGGCCAAAACCAUCACUGUUGUCAUUGCCUUUAAUGCAACCAAACCCGGCAGCAGGUUGAGAAGGUGGACAGGGGUGAAGGUUUCCUACAGCCUUAUUGCAUUAUGUGCUUUUAUUCAGUCAAUUUUGUGUUUGCUGUGGCUGGUUUUGUCUCCUCCCUUCCCUGAAUCUGACAUUAGCACAAAACCUGGAAUAAUUAUAGUUAAUUGCAAUGAAGGGUCACCCACUGCGUUUUGGUUUAUGCUAGGAUAUCUAGGCCUCUUGGCCUCCAUCAGUUUCAUUGUUGCCUUCCUGGCCAGACGCCUCCCUGACAGUUUCAAUGAAGCCAAAUUGAUCACAUUCAGUAUGUUGGCUUUCCUCAGUGUGUGGGUGUCCUUUAUCCCAGCCUAUCUCAGUGCCCGGGGCAUGUAUACUGUGGCAAUGGAGGUCUUUGCCAUCCUGUCUUCCAGUUGGGCUGUGGUUGUCUGUAUCUUCAUGCCAAAAUGUUUCAUUAUUUUGUUCAAACCUGAGAAGAACUCCAGAGAACAUCUUAGAGCUAAAGGCAAAGGCCAUACAUAG